CCGUCUCCCCCAAACCAAACCAAACCCGCCUCGCCCUCACCAUGGCCACCGCGAGCCACCCCAACCCGCCACUCACCGCCACCGAAAUUAUCGCCCUAGCCCAAACUCACCCCCACCCCCACCCUCUCCCCCCCUUCCUCCUCUCUCAAUCCUCCCACCAAACCCUAAUCUCUCUCCUCCACUCUCUCCCCUCCUCUUCAAUCUCUCUUUACACUUCCUCUCUCCUCUCUCUCAUCCCUCUCUCCCCUUCUCUCUCCCCUAUACUCCCCUCUCUCCUUCUCUCCUACAUCUCCCUCUUUCUCUCCCACUCUCUCCCCCGCGAUCGCACCUCUCUAUCAACCCUCCAGCUCUUCCACUCUCAUCUCGACACCGUCCCUGUCCCCGAACUAAUCAAAUUAUCGGAACUAAUUAUAUCGAGUCUAUCGAAAAUAAAAGAAUCCGAAGAUGCUCAAAUUCUCGAUGUUUUGCCUAAUUGUUUGGAUUUAAUUUACAAAUCGAAUGAGAGGAAAUGUGUUGAUUCGACGAUUGAUAGGGUAAUUUUGAGUGAUUGGAGUAAGGCUUUGUUGGUGAAGAUUGUUUCUGUUGUUUACGAGUUCAGGUUUUUGAAUAAGGAGAGGUGUAGGGAGUUUGUAGAUAAGGUGUUUGAUGAAAUGGGGAAUGUCGAGUUGCAGGAUUUGCCUUCGUUGGUUUACCAGUUGUUGGUGUUGGCGUCAAAGGGGUUUUGUAAGCGGGAGGUGAUUGAGGGGAUUUUGGUGUUUUUCGGGUGUAAAUUAGAGGGAAAAGGGAGUUCGACAGUUAGGCAAGUGGAAGGGACUGUGUUGUUACAUGUGAAUUUUGCGGUGAAACAGGAUCCUUCGCUUGGACAUGAGUUGAUUGGGAUUUUGAGGUGUGAUGUUCGGGUGUUUAAUUAUUUUGUGGUGGCUGUUUUGUUGUCUGUGGCUAGGAUUCGGAGGUUUAAUGACUCUGCAAUGGGGAUACUGAAAGCGACGUUGGCAAAUGCUUACAAGGAUUGCAAGUUUGCAGGGGUUUGUAAAUGGCUUCCGGAUGAUUUGAAAGAAGAAUAUCUACAGACAGCUCUGGUUUUAGAGAAGGCGAUUUUGCGAGCUGUCAAUGAAAGCAAUUAUGGAAGAGAGCAUAUUGUUCCCAGCAUCGUAAGGUUUGGGUUUGUAUUGCUUGAAUCAUUGGAUGAGGGAAGCCAGAAAGGGCUCUGCAAGUCCCAUGGUCUGAUGGGUUCUCAGAAACUAGGCAUGCAGAUGCUGAAAUGUUUAUUUGAAGUUCAUGAUAUGGCGAGGAAUGAGAUCAUUGAACAAUGCAAAUUCCGCAUUCUUUCGGCAAAGCCAGAGCAGAGUUUGGCCAUUAUGAGAUUAUUAUGCUGUCUGGUCCAGUGCAGUCCAUAUCCAAUGUUAGAAUAUGUUUCACAUCUAAAGGAAUUGCUGGAUUACUUUACCUACAUGAAUGGAAAGGUUGCGAUCCAUCUUGUUGAUGCUCUACUCCCCCUCACCAGAUUAAGUCGUGAUCUUCGGGAUUACACCAUAUUAGUUGUGCGCAAGGCUAUGUUUAGACGUGAAGACUUGGUUCUCGAAGCUGCAACCAGUGCCAUUAUGAAACUGAUAUUAGCAGAAAAGAAAGCUCGAAAAAAUGUGUUAAAUUCUUUUGAAGAAUCAUCAAGCCAAGCCAGUUGCAGCCAGCAAGCUGAGGUACCAUGUGGCAUCGGUGUUGGUCUUUUCCAAGAAUUUAAUGGUCUGCUGCAAAGAUGCCUUUAUCGGCAGGCAAAAGUUAAAGAGAUUAUGUAUGAUGGCUUUGUGGAGCUCAUUUUGGUGGACCCAUCAUUUUCGGGGUCUGUUUUUGAUUUCUUGCUCCCCCAUUUUUUACAGUUCUACAAAGAGGAUGCAGAAAUUCAACUUAAAAUUAACCAGUGUCUUAAAUUGGAGAAUGGAAAAAUUUGCAUACACGAGCCUCUUGAUUGCCUUUUGUCUUGCAUUUCCUGGAUUCUUUUAAUGCAACCACUUGGUAAAUCUGAUGCUUCAGAUGCACGGCACUCUUUUGGUUUCUCUCUUACUCAAGAGAAUGAGGCAGGAAAGAACUUUUUUGGCGAGUCAUUUUCAAGGGCUUUAUCAAAGACAAGGAACUUUCUUAGAACUGCAAAUUUUGAAGACUUGCUUGGAGAGACCCAGGAUGCGCACUCUGCACAAGUAAAAGAAGAAAAGAAGAAAUACAGUGCUUGGAUUCUAUCUGGAAUUCUCGAGGUGGUGGUAAAUAUCAUUACUACUGAAUUUGAGAAAGCAACUGAAGUCAAGAAAUUAGAUUUAGAAAAAGAGCUUCUUAAGUAUGUUGAUGUUUAUGCAUCUUUAGAAAAAUAUUUUUCUAGUGGAACUGGUAAGAGAGGGAUUGUUAGAUCUACUGCUACUCAAAUAUCUAGUAAGCCUGAAACAGGUAGAACAACUUUAUUUAAAGAAAGAACUCUGCUGGCAAGUACAAGUAUUGGCCAGCUUUUUCAAAUAGCUCUGGGGUUGUACGAAAGAGGCUCUAAUAGCACUGCAACUUCCCAGAAUCAUAGCCAGUCAUCCAUGAGGGAAUCAUCAAUCCAAUGCUUCAAAUUGUUAUUGUUUGCCUUGAAUGCUUCUCUUAGACUGAUAAAGUCUUUCUCAGCAGCUGGCAAAGAUGAUAAGCUGAAAAGUUUAGUCUAUGGGGAACUGAAGUUGCUUAGUUCACCAAUGUUGAAACUGAUUCGGUUUCUCAAGUUGAGUCCAAAUACCAUGGCAGAUCAUAAGAAAAACGAAACCAAGGGUAAAAAAGACGCUGAAGACAGACAGGAACUUUUCCAUUUGGCGCUAGUUUGUUUGAAGGAAUUAAUAGCAACAGCUCUGCAGUGCCCUGAGCAGGAAGGCAUCAUGAAGGAAUUAGUGUCAGAAGCUAUAUUUGAGAAUGGACCUAAAGACGUUCCACAUGUUGAUUCAGUUGAUGAAUGUGAAGUAGAGAAUCGAACUGAUGAUCAAACUGAAAUAAGUGUAUACAAGUUCAUCCAGUUGAUCAUUAAGCCUAUAUUCUCUGAGCUUCUUGCUGCUUCAUCUUUUCAAGAAAUGGAGGUCCUCUGUGAUAUAACAAUGAGCAUUGGGACAAAGUUGUCUGGGGAAAGGAGGAGGUCUCUUGGAGACUGGGCGCUACAUAUCUGCAAAAGCUGUGAUGUGAAGAAUUCUAAGAUUGCCAAAAGUGUUUUUAAUUUUGUCUAUUCAUUAAGUCCAUCUCCAAAUGAUUUAGCUGUUGCUGAAGAUGUGGCCAAAGAGUUGUUAAAAGUAAUGGGAUCAGACACUGGCAGCCCACUAACAAAAUCGGAAAUAUACCCUCUUCUACAAGUUUCUACAGAAAAUAUAGUAGCUUCUUCUGUGCUACAUUUGAUAGAACCAAUUGUUGUUGACAUGGACUGGUUCACCACUAAAUUGAAAUCUUACUUGGCAGCUAACCAAAAGAGUAUCAUGCUUGACGAGAAUGAUAGACAGGCACCUGUGCUGGCAUUGGAACAAAUCUUUUACACGACUGCUGAAGCCGUAGUGAAAGUUUUAUCUCCUUUUCUCUCGAUGAACCUCAAGGAUCCUCAAGCGGAGCAUUUGUUGAGAGUGGCUACAAGGUUUUACAAGAAUUUAGCCCGAAUUUCAAAGCUUCAAAUUGCACCAAAGGGUUGUAAGCCAGUGUUACCCAGCCAUAGUUAUCUGAAGCUUGUGGAAAUAACUUGCAAGGACUUAACUGCCCCCCUGUAUAGAUUUGUUGAUGUGAUGCAACAGAAUCAGCAAGAGAGUGCGAGGAAAGGAAUUCUGAACAAGAUCAAAAGGGAAAACAGAUGCAUCCCGGAACUGAUAUUCCAGAUCGAGGACUAUGAGAAGUAUCUCAUUCUUCUCAGCAAGGCAAUCAAAAUCAAUUUGUUAAGGCAUGCAAAACGUAGCACUUCGAGAGAUUUCCGAAUAAGAGAAUCAGAUGAUUCUAACGGUCAAGAAGGCACUGAAAACCACCAAGCCAAUGAAAACAAUGACGAUUCUGCAGCAGAAGAAGCUGAAGAUGAUGAUGCAACCGAGGAACCUGGAGACAAUGGACAUGAUUUAGAAGAGCCCGGGUCGCCUGUUGCAGACGAUUCUGUCUCUGAUGAUGAAAAUGGGCUUAACUUUCCAAGUGCAAAGAGAACAAAGACCACUAACAAAGUUGUUCAAGAUUCAGAUGAUGAAUCAUAGACAAACUGAAGGACUGGAAUGGCCAAUAUAGUCUGGAAAUGAGAUCCGCGUAUAAGAAGGUUUUUAUUGUCUACAUCACAUAAGGUAACACCUCCUGUGAAAAGUGUAUAUAUAGGCGUCUUUAAAAACAUUGAACUGAUAACGGCUAUGAUACAGAAGCAGCCCCAGCUUUAUAUGUGUUAACAUGCUAAGAGCAUCUCCAAAAGUCUUCUAGUUGGCUUUUAAAUAUAACAUAAAAUAAAUAACGUGACUCUUUAUAAGAGUAAGUUAGUACAUUAUUAAGAUUGUCUAGUCCUACAGUGCUCUUUAUACUCAUGCUCUAUUUAAUAUUCUAUUUAUAUUUGAGCUAAAAGAGAGGGAAAGGUAGUGAAUGAAUGGAGGGAAUGAAUAUUUAUUAAUAAAAAUUACUUGAAGGCUAUGUGGAGGCUUUUAAAAUAGAGAGAGAAGAGGCUCUUAGGUUUAUGAAGAGCCUCCAAAAAUCCCUUGGAGCUCUAUUUGAACCAUGGCUCUUUAAUUUUCAACUUAUGAGCCCAUAUAGAGAGCCUCUUGGAGAUGCUCCAAGUACGUAAACAAAUGCACAUGCUGGUAGACCGGUGUAGCUUUAUGGGUUUCGUUCUCUGCCAAUGAGACAUUGCAGUAAACUAUUUGGCGUGCACUCACGUGUUGAUUAUUGUUCUCAUAUCAUUAGGUAUCUUUGCUUAAUUGGGGGCUUUUGUAAAACCGAAUGGGUGGCAACUUAAACAUGUCAAUAUUAUAAUGAAUUCUGUUAUCUGUUGGCUAAUAUCUUAAAAGUUUGACUUAUAGUUUGUGUUUGUGCCAAGGUACUCGUAGUAUGUAGUGCGGUCUAUACCAGUAUGGCGGAGACAAAUAUCUUCAACUUUUUCUAGUUUCGUUCAAUAGAUCUGCUUCAGAAAAAUGAUUUCUGUUGGGACUUACCAAGAGUUGACAUGCCAUGACUUGUUCAGGGGAAUCAUAGUUGAGGUAAUAUUGAUAUGCCUUGCUGAGGACAUUGAAAUUGGUAUAAGCAGAUCGCCCUUCAUGCAACUUUCUUAGCGCUGUAUAUGUAACUACACUACAAGCUGUGCGAGGAAGUGUACUAUUUUCUUCUGUUUGAAGCGUUCACAGUAAAGAGGGUAAGUCCCAGUGUUGUCCUGUGUUGUUUAGUAUUUUGCUUAGAUAUAGAAGUCAUUAUGAUGAAUAAAUUAUGAACACUGAAUCCUAGUCAAAUGUGAGAUGUUUCAUAACCAAGGCUGAUCCUACACCUUACAACAAACCAUCCUGAUGCUUCUUUUAAAUUUAGAUAUUGAAAGUGUAUGAUUAAUGUAGAUGCAAGGGGAGGAGAGAAUUGAAUUUGCUCUGGAACUAAAAAUGUUGCUGUGGAAAUAUCAUUUUGAUUGUUAGUAUUUUUGAUAGUUUAGUGAACCGUUGUUUAAAUAUCUAACCUGUAUCAAGUUGGUGCUUAUUAUGUGAAAGCUGGCAAAUAAAAUACACCCUGAACCUAUCCCAUCUGUGGCCAGGCAUAGCAGAAGAUAUUUUCAUGCAUACCUUCUUUCAAGUUCCCCGAUAUAUUUGACUUGCUUGUAUUGCCUAAUUCUUGAUACCAAAACGUUUUAAACACUGAAAGCAUCUUCUUGAGGUCAGAAACUGAUAUUUUGGUUGUAUAAGAUAGGUUCAAAUUUGCUAGUAAUGAAGAUAUGUACAUGUAAAGUGACUGCAUUAUCUUCAUCCUCAUGAUGUAACGAAAGCUUGGAAUUUUGCUUCAGUGCAGAUAACUAUCAAGUAGUA